ACCGGCUCCCCCGCCCGCUGCCGGGAGCGGCCCCCGGAUCGAAGCGGGGGCGGUCGGGGGCGGGGCGGCAGGGGCAGCCCGGUGCUGCUGGGGAGCCCGUCCCCGGCGUGCUCGGUUGUGCUGUCCGCCCUCCUCCCGCCGGCCGGCAGCGUCGUUGCGCAGCUCCCGCUGACGGGACGGGACCGGACUCUAGGCAGCGCCGGGUAGCGGAGCCGGCAGGGCAAAGGACUGGAGCGGGCGGGCGGCGGCGAGGCGAGGCUGGACGGCCGCGGCAGGGGACGGGGCCGCCCGGGGCUGGCGGCGAGAGGCGGUGGCGGGGUCCCGGGCCGGCGGGGCGCCGCCGGGGCCCGGCGCAUGGCGACGGCGGCGGGGAGCAUCACAACGCUGCCCGACGACGGGGGCAGCGGAGCUUUCCCCCCGGGGCACUUCAAGGACCCCAAGCGGCUCUACUGCAAGAACGGCGGCUUCUUCCUGCGCAUCAACCCCGACGGCAGGGUGGAUGGCGUCCGGGAGAAGAGCGAUCCCCACAUCAAGCUGCAGCUUCAAGCAGAAGAAAGAGGAGUGGUGUCAAUAAAAGGUGUGAGUGCAAACCGCUUUUUGGCCAUGAAGGAGGAUGGCAGAUUGCUGGCUUUGAAAUGUGCAACAGAAGAAUGUUUCUUUUUCGAGCGUUUGGAGUCUAAUAACUAUAACACUUACCGAUCGCGGAAAUACUCUGACUGGUACGUGGCACUGAAAAGAACUGGGCAGUACAAACCUGGCCCCAAAACAGGCCCUGGACAGAAAGCUAUCCUCUUCCUUCCCAUGUCUGCCAAGAGCUGAUCUCCGCUGUGCGCUCC